UCGCCUUCGCUAAGACAUGUCUGUUAUCUUCGACGCCAAUAGGCCUAAUCGUCAUUAGUCGCUAGGCUUCUAAAAGUGCGCAGUUUUGUUAAACAGUAAUAGACUCUUUCCGCAUCAUCUGCUCAUUUUAUCAGAUCACUGGCAAUAUUAGUAUUUCUAAAUUUCAAGAUGGCUAGAGGUAGCUCUUUCCAAGCUUUAUUAAAUCAAACGAACGGGACCAGCCCUUGUGCUAUUUUUGCCAAUGAUUUUUUAAAGGAUAGGGAAUCUUUACACGAGUACCAAGCAUUUGCCAGGAGGCACCCAGAGUUAGCCUCGUUCCUGGCAGCUGUCAACUUGUUUCUACCUGUGCCAACUAUUGGCGGUAACCUGCUAGUCAUACUGAUAAUCAGCCUGGCCCGUGAGCUCAGAGUCCCGUCUAACAUCCUCCUGGUCACGCUCGCGGCGAGUGACACCCUUACUGGACUAGUUUCCCAGCCCGCACAUGCAGUCACCAUCAUUCGCGCCCUGACUCAGCCUUACGGCAAACUGUGUCGGACAAACGCGAAGUUGUUUAUAGACUUAUGCUCUUAUUUCACCCUCACUUCUGCUCUCACUUUGCUUUGCCUCAUCACCAUUGACAGAUAUAUCUCCAUCACUCGGCCGCUCCGCUACCACACUAUCGUGACCAUGGACAGGACUUACACCGCCAUCAAGGUCUCGUUGCCUGGCUGUGCUUUUCUCACGUUAUCCGAAGUGUUUCUCUCUCCUUUUGUCCCCGUCGUCGUAAGCGCCAUUCAAUCGAUCUACCCUCUCGGUCUCUGCGUCGUCAUGGUUUGUCUGCAAGUGCACCUCUAUCGAAUUUCCUCCAAGCACAGGGCCGCCAUCCGAGCGGGGGAAAGGCGCUUCAACUUGAUGUUUAAUACCAGGCUAGAACGCAAGGCGUUAAAGACAGCACUCGUAGUUACAAUGACUCUUAUAGCAUCCUUCGUCCCUAUACUUGUGUUUCAACUUUACUUGCUCAAGUAUACGUCCGCAGAAGACAACGAGAUUAAGGUGACCCUAAUGCCUUUCUUGGUGACACUGAUACUAACAGCGCCGAGCCUGCAUCCGUUUAUAUACUUCAUGCGAAGCGUUAGAAUGAGACAAGUCAUGAAAAGAGUCAUUACACGACAUUUCCUCAACUGA